GUGCAACACCCGAAAACCCUAACUCUACAACACUCUUUCAGCCGCCACCUUAAUCCCGGGCAUCCCAGCCGCAGCCGGCCUGCUGCUGUGAACAACCGCUGCCGCCACCUCCGUUCCUUGCUGCACCGAACCGACGAGCAUCGCGGCUACCUUCCCUUCCGGUGAGAACGAGUGGCCACCGUGAGUGCGUCCGCUGCCACCAUUCCUCCAUCUUCUUCUUCUUCUUUCUGUCGCCAUCUGCAACCGCAACACGGCAGUUGCCGGUGCUGCUCCGACUGCCCCUCGCCUUCUUUCUGUCCUGCAGCAGCUAGCCGCCGCCGCCGCUCGUACGACCCUCCCAUCCGCUAUCCGCUGCUCCGGUCGCCGUACCACCCCCGAAGAGGAAGAAACCAAAAGUUAUGUAUCUAGCUUUAUCGUAGCUUUCACGUCAUAACACACUUGUAUCUACAUCUGCCUAUGAGUCAGUUCAAAAGAUUUUGGAUCACACACAACACAAACAUUCCGGUCUCCAUUAUGUGUAAUAGUUUGUGUGAAUUUUUUGAUUUAACAACACACACAAUAUGCAUCUUCCUUAAUGUGUGACCUAAAACAUGAUUUGAAUUGAGUAUAUGCUCUGAAUAUUCGUGAAUUUAUUGAAAUUUGAGUUAAAUUACGUGUUGAAGGCAACAACGAUUGCGGCUUUUACGAGAAUGACAGUUGAAGAUUCAAAAAAGUUGCUUUUACCAGAAUUCUACCCUUCUUGGGUUGUUUUCUCAGAGACAGAAGUUGACCUGGCUUAAUGCUCAUCUUACAAAGAUCUGGCCCUAUGUUGAUGAGGAGUUUCUAUUGUUGAAGAAGGAGGUGAAGGAAUAACUAUGGAGUUGGAAAUGAAUUAGGAGUUGAAAAUAGUUUAUUUCAGGAAUCAUUGGCAACAAUGUGCUCAAAGCUUCCUCAACUCGAUCGACUGAGCAUGCACUCUCAAUCAACACUUGCCCAGUGUCCAAAUACCUACAUCCACCUUUACCAGCCUACAAUCAAUAUUAAGGGGUUUAGGGUUUAUACCAUCAGAGUAAUCAUCAAGAUAAUAUGGAGCAGCAGAUGAUGCUCUUAUAGCUUGCCAUAAAUCAUGUCUACAGCUUCCCAUAUUUAGAAAGACUUGCAGAUUUAGAGCAUGUAGACCGGUUAGCAUCUUCAUCCUGGAUAUAAGAAAACUUGUGUAUGCUCGAAUGGAAUCUGGAAGUGGAAAUGGUGAUAGUGAAGUCCAAAGAACAAUGCUUGAGCUUCUCAAUCAGUUGGAUGGAUUUGAAGCAUCAAACAAGAUCAAGGCCCUUCUUAGGCCUGGAAGAAUUGAUAGAAAGAUUGAAUUCCCAAAUCCAAAUGAAGAUAUUCCAAAUAUACCCGGCAGGGGAGCUUUACAAACAUAAAUCAUGGCUUUUAAGGGCUUUACAUCUUAAAAUUGAUGGAAGGUUUUGAUGGGGAGGCUUCUGGAAGGUAUUUAGUGAAUUUUUUAGUUUUGAGUUCAAUUGUUUUUAUAUAGUUUUGGGGGAAGAAUCAACAUACAGAUGUCGAGCUUGAUAGGUGCGUGAAAAAUGGGAUACUUAUGUCAUAAACUUAAUUUAUAAGUGAUGUAUUUGACAAUUACUUUUUGAUGA